UAAAAGCGUCGACACUGUCAUGCCAGAGUUGCUGCCGCUUGAUCAACUGCCGCCAGCGUUCCAGUACUACUACUUGGAGCAUGGAGAAGCCGGGCGUGUAAACUCUAGUCCUGCCGCCGACAAGAGCGUCGAGUCGCCGCCAGCGCAAUCUGGGCCACGCAUGAAGCUGAAGGACUUGACCUGGAAAAACAAAGCACGGUUCAACGAGCUCAUGGAGCGGCACACGUUUGUAGUCUUGACAGACCUCGGCGACGCUGUGGAAGCAUUGUACACGGACUUGCGUGUCGCCAUGCAAGCCUUCUUUGAACAGGACCGCGCGGCCAAAGACACGUGCACGAGCAAGUACAUUUACAGGAACGAAAACAAAACGCCCAUGUGGUAUGCUGGCUACGAAAGCACCCACGUCCGCGAAUGCUUCCGCGCGCAUACCGGUGAUCUCUCGCGCAUGCAAUGGCCUAGCGCUGACUUUGAAGCGAAGUACUUGGCUCUCCUCAAGGUAUGCCAAACCAUUUGCGACAAGAGCUUGUCCUUGACCCUCGGCUACAACGCGGACACGGCGCGCGUGCACCAGGCGGCGGGCGAAGAUUUGUCGGUGUGCUAUGGCUUGCACUACCCCAACCAAGUCGGCACGGGGCAGUCCAACGACGAAAACGUGUACGAACACAUCGACCCGAGCUUGUAUGUGAUCGAGCCUGUGACGGACGUGGCCGGCCUGGACGUGUUCGACCCGCAUGCCAACGAGUGGCUGUCGGCCGAAACGGUGUGCGUGCCCCACAAGGAGUGGGUGCUGUUCUGCGGCAAGGCGUUGACCCGGGUCACCGAAGGACGGGUGCCAGGCACGCUGCAUCGCGUCACACGACCAGACCACACCCGCAACGUCCCUCGGUAUUGCUUUAUUUACGAGCAAAAGUACCAGCCCUACUUUUAGACCCACAAUAUAUGGCCAAGGAUGAUACGGACGUCGGACUAGUAUGUCAAAAACACUUUGCCUUUCAAAACCAACAACCAUGAUCGGUCGGUGGGUUGAUGUAGAAACGUAAAGUGCCAAUUGUUGCAAUAUUGUGGAUUCAGUACCAAUUUCCAGACCCCGUCGAAUAAUCGAGUCACGAAUCGACGCUAUUGGUUAAUCCAAUUUUGAGUGGAUUUGA